AUGGCCACAACAAACAAAACCGAUAAUUUUGUUAUUGUUAGAGAUCCAAAUGCAGCUGCCUCAUUUUUUUUGAAUGCAUUAUUGGUGUUGAAAGGACGAGAGGAUGAAUAUGGUAGCACACUAGGACUUGUUACAAGCAUGGACCUUUCAGCUAACAGUCUCACAGGAGAGAUCCCCAAAGAAAUUGGUAGUCUCGUUGGACUAUUGUCUUUAAAUUUUUCAGGGAAUCUCCUAACAGGAAAUAUACCAGACAGCAUUGGCAAAAUGGAGUUAAUGGAAUCUCUUGAUUUGUCCAUGAAUCGACUAAAUGGUGAAAUCCCUCCAAGUUUCUCCAAUUUGAAUUUCUUGAAUCACUUCAAUGUGUCCUACAACAACUUGACAGGACAAAUCCCAACAAACACUCAGCUUCAAAGCUUUGAAAACUUGUCUUUCUUGGGCAAUCAUCUUUGGGGACCUCCUCUCACUAAGAACUGCACCUCAAAAGGUAUUCCAAUUGACGUUGCAAAUAAUGGAAGUAGCAGGGAAGGAAGUAAAGUGAAUUGGCUUUAUGUCAGCAUAAUUCUCGGAUUUGUAAUGGGAUUUUGGGGUGUAGUGGCUCCCUUGUUUUUCAUCAGGUCUUGGAGGCAUGCAUACUAUCGAAAGUUGGACCAUGUUGGACGAAAGCUGUAUGUGUCUUGGGCUACUAUGGGUAUGUAG